UAGAUUUAAAACUUUUUGGUUAAAAAUACAAAGACAUAAUUCCGAGAAAAACUUAUAUAUAUAUUUGUAAAUAUUAAAUAAAAUCUCUAUAAAUUUUUAUUGGACGUUAAAUUGAAAUCAUUAAAUUUUUGCAAUUUUGUAAAUUCUAUAAAGUUAUUAUUGGCCGUUAAAUUGAAAUGAUAACCAGAGUAGGAUCCUUAAUUUAUACAUAUGUAUUCUCUUUUGUGGUUGUUUGAUUCACACCUAUGAUGUUGAUUUACGUCGUUUUAUCCUCAAAUAAAUGUAUGAUAUAUGUACAAAACUAGUCCUUAUUCACUUCUUAGAGGUAAAAAGAAUAUGAACCCGCUUUAGGCUGCAUAAACUAAGGUCUAGGAAGUAGGGAGAAUCUCUACAUAGCAAAGUCCGGUUGACUAGAAAAUUCAGCAGUCUGAUUCAUAAGUCCUUUCUAUCUUUGUAAGUCAACUACUGCACGUCUUUAUCUCUUGUACAGCAUUUCUUACUUGAAUGCAUUGAUGUUAUUCUUAGCGAUGGGACGCUUGUGAACUGUGGUAGCGUAACUUAAGCCUCAAGUCCUUGCACGAGGAGACUUAUGAAAAGGACUUGAAAAAAGAAGACUAGUAGUCGUGGACCAAUACAUAAGUCAACCAAAAGUCAUUGUAAGACUACUACAUCUUCUAAUGUAAGUUUCCUUGGGAAACUGUACCCACAAAGUACACGUUUCUACAAAGUAUAUUCAAACACUUACCUCGAAGCUUCCUUUCUAAAGCUAGCCUUCAAAACUUGGAAAUAGAAAGAUUUAUUUGAAACGUAUAGGCACUAAGUAGUAGUAUUCGAGUUAUGAAUGAUGCGGAGACGAACUUGGCGAGGAGUUUCAGUGAUGAUACUCACUCAGGUUUAGACAUUCCGGAUCUAUACUUGUCAGAUGAAUGGAUGGAUGAUGAUCUUGCCUCUGCGGUUUCCGGAAUGAAUCAAUCUUAUCCUUAUCAGACCAGUGAUGCUGCUGCUUUCUUCUCUUGUUCCUCUAGCAGUUUGAGUCAACCUGAAUCUUCAAGUACCAACGCUUCUGCUGCUACAGCCACUGCUUCGGCUGAAAACCAAGUUAAGAAAGAAAAUAAGAAAGUUAAAGAGAGAGUGGCAUUCAAGACACAGUCUGAAGUUGAAGUGCUUGACGAUGGUUUCAAGUGGAGAAAGUAUGGGAAGAAGAUGGUGAAGAACAGCCCAAAUCCCAGAAACUACUACAAAUGUUCAACUGAUGGCUGUCCCGUGAAGAAAAGAGUUGAAAGAGAUAGAGAUGAUCCGAGCUUUGUGAUAACAACUUACGAGGGCUUCCACAAUGACUCAAGUAUGAACUAAGGUUCUUAAAGAGUUUCAUCAACUUUUUCAGUUUCCCCUAUGGCUUGCCAAGGCAACAUAAGUACAUAACAAUACGUGGUUUGAGAAAAGAUAGUGAAAACAAUGCUAUUCAGAGUAUUCACCUUGAGACUGAUUUAUUAUGUUUCUUAUCCUCACAUUGCUUCUAGUUCCUUAAUAUUGAUAUGUGUGUUAACAGUUUAACACGAUAUUCUGAAACUGUAGUACUUCAUUAGCAUCUUAUUUUGUUACAAAUGAGAAUCAUUGAAAUAUAGUUCCUCAACCUCAUAUUAUUUCACAAACUAGGGAUUUUACCAUAAGCCAUGACAUUUGAAUCCAAAGCCGUAAUUAUUUCAAAUUCCAUAAAAUUUCAGAGCUGGUUAUGGUUGAAAUGUAGACUGCUUGUGAAUAAUAAAACUAAUGGGGAUUUUGAAAGUUGGGCCUAGUAUUAUACAAAGGAAGUAAAAGACCGGUUUACAGACUCCAUAGGCCUAUGAAUCCUGGGCUUGUGGCAAAGAAAGGAACAAAGAGGCUAAAACUCCAAAGUGAAAUGGAUACAUAUAAGGUUAGACAUGUACUGAGGUAGACAAAAAAUGGUAAAAAAAAAGACAAGUGAAACAAAGUCCUGUUCUGAUCUAUAAAAGCUUAUGCAUU